AUGACCCCCUCAGACUAUGCCCCACUUGGCAGCUAUGGCAAAUACAACUAUGACACCCGUUCCGUUGACGCGAAGAUAGUCGUUAUGGGCAACACCGGCGUGGGCAAAACGAGUCUCCUUCAGCGAUACACACAGAACAAGUUUGACCCGCGAAACACCACCUCCACCACUGGUGCAUUCUUCGUCACGAAGAAAGUAUACGUCAAUGGACUCAAGGUACGGUUGCAGCUGUGGGAUACCGCCGGGCAGGAGCGAUUCCGGAGCAUGGCUCCCAUGUACUACCGCGGUGCCAAUGCCGCCUUGCUUCUUUACGACAUCACGAAUGCUGCCACAUUCGAAGCCGUUCGCGGGUGGCUUGAAGAGCUCAAGAAAAAUUGCCCAUCCGACCUGAUAAUCUAUAUCGUGGGUUCAAAAGCGGAUCUUCAUCGAACCCGUCAAGUGACCUCUGACAGGGUCCGCUUGUCGCUGGCUACAUGGUUUCCUCCUCCUUGUCCUCCUGCCCCAACCCCGCAACCCGCUCCACAACAAUCCACUUUAUCCUACAUCCGGCCGCGGUUUACGUCCUUCACUACUUCCAGAUCUGUACCCCCAAACCAGCUCGCGCCGAAGGCUCUCGAUGACAAUAGUUUAUCCCGACCCUCCGAGCUCCGGCGUUCUACAACUGCCCUCGCUCGUCAGACCUCAAGCAAUAUUAUUGGAAAUGGCCAUGCGGCGGAGAGCGGGCCUCUCAAACGCGCAAAGUCAUCCAAUGCCGCUGGUUCUCCAGUCCGACAGAAGCUACUUGAUCGCGAUCGAGACAGAUCGGUUCAACCUAUGCUUUCGUCUCGCUUCGCAAGCCAUUUUGGGCUUAAGACCGCGACGAAUGCACUAGUCGAUGGCCUAGAUGGUUCUAGCAACAGUGUCCCUGAGGAAGAAGAAGAGGACGAAACCUUCGACGACCAGGAAUGGGGGCUGGAGAAAGGUAUGAGCCUCUUCGAAGUAUCUGCGAAGGAUGACUACGGGGUCAAGAACCUGUUCGACACCCUGAUUUCCGCGAUAAUUGAACGAAAGGACUUGAUCGAGAAAGAAAACGACGCGAAGAAACGCGAUAGUGUUGCGCUCUCCGCCGUGACGAUGCCUGCAUGGGCGGCACAAGCCGAAGAAGAGGAGAAAGCACUGAGGAGCAAGCAGACUUCCUGGAGCUGCUGCCAGAUCUGA